AUAAUAUCAACAGUAUCUCUUGAACAAAUUGUAAGCCUUGUUAAUGCAAAAACUUUAUAUUUUGUAUCAGCUAAGUACAUUAAUUCGACACAAUUUCUUUAAAGACACAUUUAUGUAGUCGGCGUUAAAAUGUGUCCUCCCACGUCUGUUCGAGUUGGUCUAGGCUUGCACUCGGAGCAUUAGUUCAGCGGUGCUGGAUGUGGAGCGAUUUCCGUAUCGUCGGCAUAGAUUAGCAAAGGUCUGAGAGUGUAUUUGGGGUAUAGGGUUCUGCAGUGGCUUGGACAACCCACUAUUUAUCUGGAAGAUACUAACACCCUUUUUUCACAAUGCGUAUACAAUGACGGAUGUGUUAUAUACUUACUGUUGGUACAUAUGCUGCUUUCAUUUCUGUUUAGGGUGCUUUAUAGAAAUAUAAUUUGUACAAGUAGCUGAUGUUAUAUUGCUAGUUCUUGAGAUACCUCGUGUAAAUACACUGUCGUAUCUAGCUGUGUGAUUUGGUGGCGUUAGGCAACAAUUGGCUCCAGUCAUCUGAAGUUUUUGGAAACCUCUGGAUUACUGCCAGAAUACAGCUGAGCCAUAACUACAGCAGGAUAUAGCAGUUUCGGCCAGCGGGAGAAAUUUUGCCCUGUAACUACAAGGCUACUUAAUGGGAAAGAAAGCGGCGAGCCUUCUUCGUUCGAGACAAGGGUCACUGGAAUAGCAGAAUAAAAGGGUCAUCCCAAAUGCACACAUUGUCGUUUCUAUUAUAUCGGUAUCUGGGCUGGUUUCUGCAGAAUGUAGAUGCUGUUCUGCAGUACAGGAAGCGCUGUGCGAUUACAGUUGUUGGACAGGCCGACUGUUUGUUAUCGUGAGGGGUGUGUAAGUUGGUAUGCUCACCCAAGACCGUCACUAUGCACACCUGAACGCUGCCUGGGGUGUGUGCCAUUGUUCUGAAGCCCACGCCUAGCUUACUUGCAUUGUAGAUUGUGCCGGUGAAGGGUAACGUUGAUUAAGGGUAACUAAUUGAAAUGCCCAUUUCGGCAUUACCUGCUAGACGACACUGCAGUUGUGUCUGCGACAGAUGCCAGUUGGCGCUGGUGGUAAAGGUGCACAACCACCACCUGUGAAGGUUUGAAUUAAUCUCUAUCGCUAGACACUGGAUACUCUGCAAAUGGUGUACAUAGAUUUACCUGGCUUGCUCUGUUCUAUGGAGUUGUAUAAUCGCCAUUCGAAUAUUUAAAAAAAAAAAAAAAUAAAUAAAAAAAAAUAAAUAAAUCUCGGAAUACAAACUUGACAACAUUGAAACGAUCGAAGCCAUUCUGUUCAUUGCGUUGGAGAAACUUAAGUAGGCUACAAUUUGAGCAGGUAUAUCAGAGGAUGUAGCGACUUCUGAGAAUGAACAUAUUAGUGUAAUCUAACUGAAUUUCAUCUAAACCACUGUCUUUACUAUUAAAAACGUCGAACGCCACAAGCUUGGAGAAUUCAUUGGAAGAUCUUUGUCGGGGAUUUGACGGAAGUUCACCGGUAAACGACACCGUUUUCCUAAGACCGCACUUUUACCCGGACCCAGUGAACCGACCAUUGGCCCAGAUGGAGCCCAGUGAGAGCAACUCAACCACCGAACUUAUGAGCCGGUAUGUCUCGUCUGAGCCUGGAUAUGGGGUUCCGGCGGAAGGUUGGCGGAUCUGUUUGGCCCACGAGUUCAAGGAGAAGCGAAAACCAUUUCAAGCUAAAGACGUGUCCCUGUCCAACGUCAUGGAGCACAUUGGGCUGGGUGUCAGGUAUCUCAAGUGGUGGUACAAGAAGACCCAGGUGGAGAAGAAGGCUCCCUUCAUUGACAUGUUCCGGGCCCUUCCGCUCCGGCAGAUUUACGGGGUUCCUUUAGGGGGAUUUGGAGGAGGAACCAUUACUCGUGGGUGGAGGGGGGAAUUCUGCAGGUGGCAACUGAACCCUGGGAUGUACCAUUACAAAACCGUCUUCGCCAAUCAGUUCACUGUCUGCCUGCGUCGCGGGGGCCAGACGGUGUACCAGCAGGUCCUGUCUGUGGAGAGGCCCCCCACCCUGCAGGGCUGGAACUGGGGCUACUGCGGGGAGUACGCCUUCUACCACGCCCUCUACCCCCGCGCCUGGACCGUCUACCACCUGCCCGGCCAGAACGUCACGCUCACCUGCCGCCAGGUGUCGCCCGUCAUCCCACACGACUACAAGGACUCCAGUCUCCCUGUGGCAGUGCUGGUGUGGGACAUAGAGAACAAGAACGACUUCGCUUUGGAGGUCUCCAUAAUGUUCACCAUGACUAAUGGCUCGGGCCACAAGGAUGACAAAGGCGGGGGACACUGGAACGAACCAUUUCACCUGGAGAAGGAGGGGGAGGCCGUGUCUGGGGUCCUGCUCCACCACUGCACCCCUGUCAACCCUUACACUUUGUGCAUUGCGGCUCGUGAACAGUCUGACAGGGAGACGUCUUAUCAGACUGCAUUCAGCCCCAGGGGAACAUGUGGGGCGCUGUGGAAUGACCUCAUCACUGAUGGACGUCUAGACUCCCCCACAGGGUCGAGCCCGCCCACGCAGAAGGGGGAGAAGGUGGCCGCUGCCCUCGCGGUGGGCUGCACAGUCCCGGCUCACGGACACAACAGCGUGGAGUUCAGCCUGUCCUGGGACAUGCCCGUCAUCACCUUCGGCUCCCGGGAAAGAGAACACAUCAGGAGGUACACACGUUUCUUUGGCGGUAAAGGAGACGCUGCGCCAUCCCUCUGUCACUACGCCCUGACGCACUACAGAGACUGGGAGAGACAAAUAGAGGCCUGGCAAGGACCCGUUUUGCAGGACAGCUCCCUGCCCUCGUGGUACAAGUCGGCUCUGUUUAAUGAGCUGUACUUUGUGGCGGAUGGUGGCACCGUGUGGGUGGAGCUUCCGGAAGACAGUGAUGUCAGUGGGGGUCUCCGCAGUGAAGACGGGGGGCUCCCCGCCCAACCACCUGCCGUCAAGGAGUACGGCCGUUUCGCCUACCUGGAGGGUCAGGAGUACAGGAUGUACAACACGUAUGACGUGCACUUCUACGCUUCCUUUGCCCUCAUCCUCCUCUGGCCCAAACUGGCUCUCAGUCUGCAGUAUGACAUAGCGGGCAGUGUGGUUCAGCAGGACUCCACAGAGAGGCUCAGUCUAAUGAGUGGCCGCUACUCUCCAGUAAAGACCCGUAACGUGGUCCCCCAUGACAUCGGAGACCCAGACGACGAGCCGUGGCUGCGGCUGAACGCUUACCUGAUCCACGACACGGCCGACUGGAAGGACCUCAACCUCAAAUUCGUGCUGCAGGUAUACCGAGACUUCCACCUGACCCAGGACAGGCAGUACCUGGAGGACAUGUGGCCGAUCUGCCAGGCGGUGAUGGAGUCAGAGAUGAAGUUUGACCAGGAUGGCGAUGGGCUCAUCGAGAACUCGGGCUACGCUGACCAGACGUACGAUGGCUGGCCUGUCACAGGGCCAAGUGCGUACUGUGGGGGACUGUGGCUGGCCUCGGUGUGCGUGAUGUGCAAGAUGGCGCGGCUGCUGGACAGCGACUCUGUGUACCGCCGCUACAGAGACGUGCUGGACAGGGGGAGCGCCGCCUUCGAUAAGCUGCUGUGGAACGGUCAGUACUAUAACUAUGACAGCAGUGGGCGGGACCUCUCCAACAGUGUGAUGUCAGACCAAUGUGCUGGCCAGUGGUUCUUGCGGGCCUCUGGCCUUGGGGAUGGGGAGUACCAGGCCUUCCCUGAGGAGAAGGUGCGAAGCGCCCUGAAGUCCGUGUUCGACCUGAACGUGAUGAGCUUCGCCGGGGGACAGAUGGGCGCGGUCAAUGGGAUGAGGCCGGAGGGCGUGCCCGACCGCUCCAGCGUGCAGUCGGAUGAGGUGUGGGUGGGCGUGGUGUACGGAUUGGCCGCGACUAUGAUUCACGAGGGCAUGGUGGAGGAAGGGUUCCGCACUGCGGAAGGAUGCUACCGGACCGUGUGGGAGAGAUUGGGCAUGGCGUUCCAGACCCCUGAAGCCUACUGUGAGAAGGGCAUCUUCCGCUCUCUGGCGUACAUGCGGCCCCUCAGCAUCUGGGCCAUGCAGCUGGCCUUGGACUUGCGCAGGGAUGGAGCCAGGCUGAAAGCCGCGGAACUGCCCCAAAGUCAAACUGCUGCUAACCAAGAAGGAGAGGCUCCACAAUCCAAGAAUGAAGUUCUCCCAGAGACUCUGCAUGAUGUCCCCAACACUCAUUGACCCUCAGCAGACUGCUCCCAGACCAACAAAAAACCCAGCACCUACUGUCUAGCACCUGGUAAAACACUUACCUGGUGCUGAAUCCACACCUACUUACUGGCCCACAUGGACAAGUCUGUAGUGCUCAGUGUUCUGACUUGCUCUCCCGAAGUCUGUGCCCGGUGUACCACUCCCAGAACACAGCCUCUGCGCAGUUGUUUGAUGUUCUAACACUCACGGAUACCAGGGGGCAGGGGAGUUUUGCUUCAUGUGUGUGCCCUCUCGGUGGAACCUCAGGAAGAAUAGUUCAGAAUGUUCCCUGCCCCCACAGUGCAAGUAUUCCCAGUGUUUCCUGCUGCAAACCAGAGCUGUAUUACCAGUCAGUGAAUCCUGGCACUUAUGUGAGCAAGCUUACACACACGCAGAUGUGUGCACACACACACACACACGCACAACAGGAACAAGUACACUGUAGCAACUAAUGAGAUGAACAGUGGCAGCUGCACUGUAGCAAUCAUAGAAUCAUACAAUUCUACAAUCAUAGAAGCAUAGAAUUAUUUAAAAAUGGAAUGAUAAUUUUUCAAUAAAUAAAACACUUGUAUAGGCAAAUUGUACUUUGUGUACUCAACAGACGGUGACUGCAGAACCCAGAAGAGGGCCAGAAUUGUAAAGAUUUAAUUAAUGAAUGCUUGAAAUCAUAGUUGAUAUAAAAGUUGUUUUUUCCUUCAGUGCUGUAUAGAGUGAUGCAUUAUAAACUCCUUUAAAUCAACUGUUUCUUUUUUAGUGUCUCUUUUUACACCAUUUUGCGGGUCUGUGAUGCCUGUCUGUGUGAAUAGCAACGUCAUAUAUGUGUGUAGUUAUCACUUUUGCGCUGUCCUUGAGAAAGAGAGGUAAUAAAAUGGAGAAUGAA